AGAGGAAGAUCACUCCAGAUGAAGACCUCAUCAUUCUCAUUGAUGGUCUGAAUGAGGCUGAGUUCCACAAACCAGACUACGGUGACACCAUUGUGUCUUUCCUCUGUAAGACCAUCAGCAAGUUCCCAGCCUGGCUCAAGCUGCUGGUGACAGUCAGGACCUCCCUGCAGGAAAUCACCAAACCUCUGCCCUUCCACCAAAUCUCUCUGGAUGCUCUGGAGGAGAACGACAGCAUCGACCACGACCUGCAGAGCUACAUCCUUCAGCGCAUCCACAGCAGCGCAGAGAUCCAGAACAACAUCUCCCUCAACGGCAAGAUGGACAACACCAGCUUCGGCAAGCUCAGCUCCCACCUCAAGGCCCUCAGCCAGGGCUCCUUGCUCUACCUGAAGCUCACCUUUGACCUGAUCGAGCGCGGCUAUCUGGUGCUCAAGAGCUCCAACUACAAGGUGGUGCCGGUCAGUCUAGCCGAGGUCUACCUCCUGCAGUGUAACAUGCGCUUCCCCACGCAGUCGUCCUUCGACAGAGCCCUGCCGCUGCUCAACGUGGCUCUGGCUUCGCUGCAUCCGCUCACCGAUGAGCAGAUCUACCAGGCCAUCAACAGCGGCUCGGUGAAGGGAACGCUGGAGUGGGACGACUUCCAGCAGAGGAUGGAGAACCUGUCGGUGUUCCUGGUCAGGAGACGGGAUGGGACUCGCAUGUUUGUGCACCCGUCCUUCAGAGAGUGGCUCAUAUGGAGAGAAGAGGGAGAGAAGACCAAGUUCCUCUGCGAUCUCAGGUCUGACAGAAAGCACUGGAACACCAGCAAAAACGGGCUUUGUGUAGAGAAACAGAACAAACCAACAAACUCUUCUGUUUACGACAGCCUAAAACG